AUAGCUUGCCAUAGUGCGUUUAUGCGAGUCGCUACUUGAAUCUUGAAUUGAUUUACACUGUUUUGCCAGGGACUUCACAUUCAAACUGAAAUUGGUGAACAUUACACCCAGCCCAAACCUGAGAAGAGGUGGCAGUAAUGGACUUUAAUUCCCAAGACCAUUCUGAUAAUUCUGGACAAGAAGGAGGGCUUCCAGAUGUUAGCAGCACCCCAUGUUUUAUUGUGUUAGACUCCCAGGCAGAGGGUGCUGAUACUAGUAGAGGAUCAAUCACAGAAGAUAGGACAUCUAGACUCAAACAGCUUGAAGAACUUACCAAGAACACAUCCACUGUUAAACCAAGUAUUGAAAUGGAAUUGGGUGCUGAUGUCAAAAGUAGCAAAGACAGAAAGGAUGAAAAGAAAGUGAGCAGUUCACCAACAGCAGGAAUAGGAAUCCAAACUCACACUUUGAAAGAUGACAAAGGAAUAUGUGAAGAAGAAGAAGAAGAUGAUGAUGAUGAUGAAGUGACUUCAACACAGGAUGAUCUGUUUGACGAAGAAAAGAAAGUACAAGUCAAGUCAGGAGACUUUCAUACUCUAUCAGAAUCAAAGGAUGCCUCACAAAUAGACACAUCAUCUCAAGAUGUCCAUAGCACACAAAAGGAUGCCUCUCAUCUUAUAAGUACACCAUCAGAGACGGUUGGUAGCUUACGAUUCUCAGGUGUGGUUCUUGCCAAUGAAACAAGUACAUCAGGAUCAGGUUCUUCUAUCAAUGUAGUGUUUCCAUCACCUGAGGCAUAUGGUCCGGCACCUAUCAUCAUUCCUAGUACACCAACAAGACCAGACACAAGCAAUGAAGAUCCUAUGGAUUUGAGUGACGCUGAUGACAUGCCAAAAGCUGACCUUCCACAGAUUCCUGUCAAACGUAAAUCAACGACCACUUCAGAGGAGAGUGAAGAUUUCUGUCAGAUCCCAGCUUGGCAACAGGAGCUCAAUCUACAACAAAAAAGAAAAGAAGAAGCAGGGACGCAGGAUAGCUGGAAUAAUGAUGAUACAGGUUCCAAGAAACGUUCUCUAUCAGCUUCAAUUGACUCUGCUAAUCCAUCGUCAGAACAUUCUGAGAGUAUUCAUAAGUCAAGUCUUGAACUUGAGAAGUCAUUACUACAGCAACAACAGCCUCCGAUGCCAUCUACCACAGAUGAGAGUUCAGUACAGUCAAGUUCAAAACUACCAAGCACAUCAUCAAAAGAUGUUCAGAAGGAUGUCUCAUACCUUAUUAAUGCACAAUCAGAGAAGGUAGGAAGUUCAAGCAUGGUUUUUGUCAAUGAAACAAGUACAUCAGGAUCAGGUUCUUCUAUUAAUGUAGUGUUUCCAUCACCUGAGGCAUAUGGUCCGGCACCUAUCAUCAUUCCUAGUACACCAACAAGACCAGACACAAGCAAUGAGGAUCCUAUGGAUUUGAGUAACGCUGAUGACAUGCCAAGAGCUGCCCUUCCACAGAUUCCUGUCAAACGUAAAUCAACGACCACUUCAGAUGAGAGUGAAGAUUUCUGUAAGAUCCCUGCUUGGCAACAAGAGCUCAAUCUACAACAAAAAAGAAAAGAAGAAGCAGGGACGGAGGAUAGCUGGAAUAAUGAUGAUACAGGUUCCAAGAAACGUUCUCUAUCAGCUUCAAUUGACUCUGCUAAUCCAUCGUCAGAACAUUCUGAGAGUAUUAAUAAGUCAAGUCUAGAUUUACAGGAGUCAUUACUACAGCAACAACAGCCGCCAAUGCAAUCUACCACAGAUGAGAGUUCAGUACAGUCAACAAGUUCAAAACUACCAAUUGGAAGUGGAAGGAAGGAUAGAGAGUCACAUAGUGCCCCUCUGCUAGGGAUGUCAACUGCUGCAAGAGAUGGACAAAGUUCUUCUGGAUCACAUCCAAAGAAACCAUCAAGCUUACCUGAAGGUAUGACAUAUGAUACCAAGAGGUCAGGCCAAGAACCGGCCGUGGUCAAGGAGUUGAGUACUCGAGAUCAGUCAACAGGUAUUAAGAAGACAUCAAGUGAAGCAGAGUUUGAUGAUAGAACAAGAUUAGAUGUACAAAAGCAGGAGAAAGGGAGUGGUGAUGCAGUAAAAGAAGCUGUAAUAGAAAUUAUCGAUGAUGAUGAUGAGGAGGAGGAUGGAGAUAAGGGGGACGAUGCUGAAGUUGGAAUGGAUGUUGAACCAUCGGAUGACUGGCAUCUACGGCUCUCACCUUCCCAAACGCAGACACAGACACAGUAUAGCUUUGUUCAUAGUAAAGAUAUCAUGUCACAGAGGGAUCGGUCCAAAACCAAGGAUGUAGAAGAAAGGGAUGUACCUCAGCAGCAAAAGUCUGUUCAAAGCGGUCGGAAAGGCACUGUUUCAAGGCAAGCUACACCAUGGCAUUCUACGCAAGCUGAUGAUGAAGACGAUGAGGUUGCCAUAGUGAUACCAGAAUCAGAAAAACAGGAUGAGAACAAAGAAAAUAAGAGCACUAAACAGAAAUUCUCAGAUCCUGAUGACGGGGUAGAGAAGGGGAUGAAAGAAGGAUUAAGGAAAAACUCAUCAGAAUCUGGUGGAGGAAUGGAAGAUUCUGUUUUCUUAGAAGGCAAUGCUCAGUUACCAAAUGAUGCAAGGUUAAGAUUUGGUCAGCUUGGAGAGUCGGACAACCCUUCUCCAAUAACAGGUUUUAAUUUGAGUGUUCCCAAGGAUGGUGCAAUGUUACGACCUUUAAGUAGUAUGACCUCUCAACCUAGCAAGAGAGGUCAAUGGACUGAUGGUACACCCCGUCAUAGUACUCCUAAAGCAGAUGAGAUAGAAGGGACCAAUACAAAGAGAGAGGUCGCCUCCACACCAGACAAAGAGAGCCCAAAGACAAGUAGCAAGUCUUCUAGUGCUCUUGUAGUCAGUGCAGUGAUUGACAUGGAUUCAGCUGAGAGCAGUGAGAUACCAGUCUUCAAUCUAAGGAAUCCUGCUGAUUGUGAUGAACUGCUAAAGGAAGUCAAGGAGAGCCCGAGUAAGAAACGUAAAUCGGUUUUUAGCAGAGUGGUAGAAGCAACUAAGACUGCAAAGAGUAACACCAAAUCAAGGAAACUGGCUGAUCCUAUUGACAAAGAUCCUUUCUCAUUAUCAAAACCCAAAAUCAAAUUGAUUCUUGGAAAGAAGAGGAACCAGCAGAGCCUAAUCGCACAAGACGAUCAGCCUCGGGUCACAAGAGAAGAGACCAGAAAGGAGGAAGAGAUGGCUCUCGAGAUCGAGCACGCUGAUGAGGGUAAAACUUUGGAUGUUGCAAUGGACGAUGAUGAUGACCCUGCAACGAUUCCACUGGAAUACCAUCCUGAUGAUGAGGACCCAAAGGAGGAUUGUCCUGAUGUGGAGGUGGUGGAGGAAUCAGGGAUCUUGAAGACGAAGCAAGAGGAAACGCAGCGGUAUGGAGGGAAUGAUGAACAGGAAGCUGACGUUGAGAUGGAUAUUGAUGCAGAGAGAGAGAAAAUUGAUGAAGAUGUUGUUGAAGAAAUAAUGCAAGAAGGUGUAUCUCCCAAGGAGCAACAGGUUGUUAUUUCUCAGGAGAGAAGAAGAAGAGAUCCUUAUGAGUUUACAGAGUCACAGUCCAACAAGACUCCCACACCAAUGAAGACUUGGGCUAGGAAAGAGGACACUGUGCCAAAAGAGCUUCCUUCAAGAAAUCUUGAUGAACUAUCAUCUACCAAACAAGCAAGUGAGCAGCCAUCAACUAGUGCAGUAACCCCAAAGAGUAAGAAAACUCCAAGGGGCAGUCGUCAGACCCGAAGUGCCAAGCGGAAGAGACCACAAGACCUCGUAGAGACUACGGAAGAAGAAAGAGAAAAUGAAAACUCUAGACUAAAUAGGACCAGAACAUCCCCAAGGAAGGCAAGUUUUACUGUCCGUAAGGCCCCUAGGAAGAAAGGAAAAGGCCAGGAGAAACAAGUACACAUUCCACAAAUUGCUGAGGGUCCACCUGAGAAACCUCCAAAUGUCACAUCACCAUCCAUGACAGAGAGAGUAGUUCAGGAUACGACGGCUCCAGAACAAAUACCACAGGCUAGCCCAGCUUCUCUGGAACUCAUACAGAUUCCAGGCCACUCCCCUCCUGCAAGACAACUUAUACCUUGGAAGAUUGUUCGCUAUAAGAAAGUUAAUAUCACUCAACGGAUCAAGGAGGUGAUUGUGAAUGGUGAAUUGAUAGAGAGUACUAUCCUUGAUCAGGUUGUGAAUGAAGAAAUUGUUGAAAAGCUAGAACAAGAAUUCAGGACACCAUCACCUGCUCGUUCUUCAAAAACAAGUUCUGUAACAUCUGGUUCCCUGGCUGAUAUCAGCUCUUUUGGUUCCAGGACGUCUUCUAGCAUUGCGGGAAGCCUCCAGAAGACAUCUAGCAAUCUCAGCACUGGCAUACAGAAAAGCAUCAGUCUAUCAAGUAUCUCUGAAAGAAACAGUUCUCUGGAUAAGACCAUCAGUCUUCCAGGAUCUGAGAAGACAUCACCUAAUGUUUCAGGUCAUGAGCAUUCUGCAUCUGGAAGGCAAUUGACAUCUCCUGGUGGGGUUGUCCAACAAGCAUUUCCUGUAAGAGGUAUAAGACUGUCACCCAUGGACAAUGGACGGAGGUCUCUUUCAGGUGGGGCUGAGCAUCUACAGGGCAUCACAGAAGAAUCUAGCAGGACUGGUCAAGCUAGGUCACCCGAUGUGAGUCCAUCAGCCUUGAUGCUUUCUAAUAGGAAACGAGGUAAAAGGGUGUCUUCCAAGGGCACUAGUAGUUCUUCAGUCUCUCCAUCAAAUGCAGAAGUCAGGAUGGUAUCUGAUGAAAAAGAUUGCGAGUUUGCAAAGCCUAAGAGAACCCCUAGUAGAAGGUCAGUGCCUAAGACUCCAGAACAAGCUGAUCAAAGCACACGUGAACAAUCUUCAAAUGCCCAAAUACAUUCAUCUCCUACUUUGAAUGUCAGUGAGGGUUGGAAUAUUGAAGAAGUCAAGCAAUCCUCAGAGGAAUCGGAAGGAAUACCUUGUGCACAACCAAGGAAAGUAUUGGAAAGGAUUUCUAGCGAUGAAAAGAGUGAUGGAGAUGUUGGGAAACUAUUGCAAAUAGAGACUGCCACUGCUACUUCCACAACAGGAGAAAGUUUUGAAGACAAAUUGGAUGAACCUGGUCCAUCCAAUCGUGAUUUAUCAUCUACCAGACCAGCCAGGGGAAAGAGGAGAGGAAAGACACAGAAAACUGCUCCUAUCAAGCAGUCUUUGGAUGAUACUAUUGUUGUACAAGAUGAGGAAGAAGGUGAGAUUGAUGUAAUCCUGACUGAGCCUCCAAUGGAGUCAAGGCAGCAAGUCAGUACAUCAAGUGAGCCUACUACAGAUUCAGCACAAGCUUUUCUUAUACCUGGUGUUAGAGUCUUUACUCGUUGGUUGGAUGGCUUCUAUUACCCGGGUAUCGUCAAAUCAGAAGAAAAAAACAACAGAUUGAAGAUAGCCUUUGAUGAUGGUGAUAUGAGAAGUGUGAAUAGCAAAGAUGUUAUCAUCAAAGAUUGGUUAGCGAGGGGACAAAGUGUCAUGGCUGAAUUACCAGAGGAUCAAUAUAGCUACCCAGGAAUUGUGAUUGGUUAUUAUCGAGGUUCCACGCCUAAAGAUGCUGGCUAUUAUAUCGAGACUGAUGGUGGAAAAACAGAAAAGUAUCCUAGAGAGAAGGUGAUCUUGACUAAGGAUCAAGCAAAUCUCUUGUUGACAUCGUGUCCUAGCAGUAGUUCUGGAAUCUCAGACAUCACACUUGAAAACUUAGUGGAUGGUCCUCGUCAUCGAAGCAGACUUCGUGCUCCUGAUGGUGAUGUUGUCGUGAGAACACCUAGUAAAGUAGUUGGUCGAACUCCAAAGCGUCUUCCAUCCCCUGCUAUCACUCGGUCAGGAGGAAAAAGAAAAGCUGAUGACAAACAAUUAAUAGAGGGCGCUGUCUCACCAAAGAAGAAAGCCAAACAACUAGCUACAAGGCUGCUUACAACGGUUGUAUCCAGUCCAGAUCUCAGUAAGCAAGGGAUUGGAGUUCGACGAUCACCUCGUAAGCAGACCCCCUCCACAUCAACGACCAGCAGUCCGGCAAAGAGCCUCACUUCAGCCGCUGCUACUCCUUCCACACCUAGGACCAUGGAGAUGGUAUUAGGUCCAUUGCCAAACAACAAGACAUUAUUCAAGGGCAUGGCUUUUUUAUUGACCCAGGGAGAGGUCAAGAAAAGGUCAAAGGUUGAUACAAGUACCAGUGACAGCGAGGGUGAUGAUGAUCCUGAUGAUGUUCCUUUUAAUAAAGACUAUUCCAGAAGACAGAUAGAAGCAGGAGGAGGAGUUGUCUUUAAAGACAUUGAAAAAUCACAGAGAACAGAGUACAAGCUGUUUGUGAUAGCUAAUACCUACUGUCGAACCAUGAAGUAUAUGUACGCUCUGGCUGCUAACAUUCCAUGUAUCUCAAACCUAUGGAUCAGAGAUUGCUCAAGGAUGAAUAAACUUCAGAGUCACAAAGCAUACAGGUUACAAGCAGGAGAGUCUGUGGAUGGUGAUGUCAUUGAAUGGAAACCAAACCGAAUGAUCCUGUCUGGCUUGAAAGUAUUGGUUCUAUCUAGUCAUUAUGGAGUGGAAUCAACAUGGCGGAGUAUUCUCAUGGCUGCUGGGUGUCAUAUUGUAGCUAGAUUCCCAAACAUCAAUCAACUCAAUAGAGGAGGUGUACCAUUUGACUGUAACGUGAUGGUGACUGAUCCUUCUUGCCCUCGUCAUAUUCUACACAGAGCUCAACAGCUAGACAUGCCUAUCGUAUCAGCAGAAUGGGUCAUGCAAUCUCUUAUUAACGGUGUAAGGAUGCCGUAUGAUUCACAUUUCAAGUUUGCAUGGGAUUAUAGAGAGAAAGUCAAGUAGUAUUUAUUCCCUGUCUGGCAGUAUUUAUUAACCUGUUUUCUCACUACAGGGAUCACCUGGUUCCUCUCUGCAAUGGUUAAUGUACAUGUUUGUCCAACAUUAAUGUAACAAAGAAGAUUUAACAAAGUGAAUAUCAUGAAAAUUACUAUGGUCAUAAAGUCAUUGGACAGAGAACUGAUUAGGUACCUGUUGUUUUAAAAAGCUAGAAUCUGAAUGAAAAAUAAAGGAGUUGGACAAAUUCAAUCUGAAGGCAGGUCAUUGACUCCACAAAAUAAAUGCAAAGCUCAUAUGAAGAAAGCACAGGAGUUUUGUCAACAGAAAUUUAUUGUGUGUGAAGCUGGUUAUUGCGAGUUCAGUUAGUCUGAACAUUGUGUGAAAGCGGGGUCGAAUGUACAUUUAUAAAGUGCUAAUUGAGAAAAAGGUCUUACACUGAAAUACAUUGAUAUGGUAGAAAGAUUUUUUUUUGUCUUGGUUACCAUUGAAUAAUGUGUGUAAGUGUAACUAUUGAGAUGUAAACCUUUUAGGAUGACUUUGAUAUGAAUGUUAUAUAUAAACCAUACUGAGAUGCAUGCUUAGUGGUAAAGGUUUGAGAGAUAUGCAUACAAACUUCCUCAUGUCAAAUUGUCUUGCCAAUAAAGGACAAGUCCAUUUCAACAUCAGGAUGGUUUGGAUCAAUUUAAAUUAAUUGUACAAACAUGACAGUAACAAAUUAUUUUUAAAAAUAUUUCAAGUAAGAGAGUAAUGAAUUUUUAAAGUUAUCCAUGGUUAGAUUUCAUGAGGAAAUGCUGUGCAUAACUCUAGGUGGUAUGCAAGAAAUAAUGACAACAUACUCUUAAGGGUUCUUAGUAAUUAAUGGUAUGAAAUUUAUCAUCAUAAAUCUGAUUUGAAGAAGUCUUCAUCUUUAUUGAUAUUCCUGUUUUAUGAAAUAGAGAGAGUUUUUCAUGAAGCACCUUGUCAGUGAUUUUCAUUGACUGUUGUUAUGAGCCAAUCAGAUGCAAGGAUUUCAGUAGCUUAUAACAAAUAGUCAAUGAUAUCACUGGCUUUUUGUGUACUUUAAAUGCCUCCCUAGUGUUGUUGGACUUUGCCUUUAAAUAAUGAAUUAUAGUAAUGUAAUAUUGUCACUUAGUGGCAAAGGUUGGUUUGUUUAUAUUUAGAGAGAAAAAAAAUUGAAAUAUUUCGCUGAUCAUGUGUGGUAUUUAAGUGAUAUACAUACCAAAAUUCAUAACCCUGCACUAUGUUUAACUAAAUUCAAUAUAAAAAUGUAACAGAAAAUAUUCUUUUACUCAUAUAGAAAACGAGUUUUAUUUGAAAUUAUAUUCAAUAUUUGAAGAAAUUAGAUCAUUCCAGUAACAUUCCAAAACAAAUCUACUUCAUUGCUUCGAACAUGAGUAUGUGUCAUGUAAACAUUAUAAUGGACUUGAUGAAUAUGUUUCAUUGUAUGUUUUGUAAUUACUGUAGGAAUGAAUUUAUGAGAUUCAAUGGUAGAUGAUUGAAUGAUGUGAUUAAAGUGAGUUUUUUGUUAUACCGGUAAUCAGUUGCAUGUAUCCCUACAUUUUUCAGCACCAAGGUAGCUGGUUAGAAAUAAACACUGAGAAAGAUUGUUUUAUAGAUGUCUCACAUGUAUGUAUGCACAAUACACAGUGACAUGUAGAGUUGUCAGCUAUAAUUUAAAGUAAAGCCUCUACUGUGUGGUAAACAAGAAAAAAAUAACAGAAAUAAGAAAUUCAACACAGAAACUGUACAGUAAUUAUGUAAUGCUCCACAUUAAUAACUGUAACAUAAAUGGUCCAAUAAUAAACAAAUGUCUCAAUGUACAAAAUCAUUCUUUGAAUAGAAAAAUACCAUUUUACCAAAAAUGAUGAGAAUAAAUUUGAUCACCCAGACCAAUCUCUCACUGGCCCAUCUUUCUCACUAUCAUGAUGGUAUAUAUAUACUUGUGUUUAUGGGAAUGUAAGGUUUUGGAAUGGAUAUUCCUUUGACAGUGUAGCAUCUUGACAGUGUUUUUCACUGACAAAUUUGCUCUGAUGCAAGUAUUUCAUUAAGUCAGUUAAAAUCUCUUUUUGUUUCAUGAAAUGAUUUAACUGCAGAAAGAAGUGGCUGCACUAUUUCACUUGGCAGCUUGAUAUCACCAUAUUAAUGUUAUGAGGAUAUUUUCAGGUAUCUUGUGUGAAAUAAAUUAGUUCAGAACAGACACAAAAUUAGCCGCACUGUGAAACAAAAUGAAAAUGUCUGACCAGGGUAUAAUGAAAUAUGAAUGUCAGUAGAAUGAAAAGAUAGUUUAGAGAUAUGGAUUUAACAAACUAAUCCCCAAUACAUGAAUAUUAUGAAAGUUGUCUGUAUGAUGAUAGUCUUUUGGGCUAGUCCAGCGUUCAUUGCUAUAUAUUUUUCUGUGGAGGUUUAUAUGUGACCGCCCAGUCAGUAAAAAUUUGUUUCAAUGUUUUAAUUGGUGGGGGGGGGGUACUGUUAUGGGAUGGUUGUUGGUUUUUUUUUUGGAAAAGCAGAUAAUAGGUUUUGAACUGAUAAUUGAGUGAAAUCCAUAUAGCUAGUAAUUAAAUGUAAAGCUAUUACAAGAAGAGAUUCAUAAAACAAACAUAGGUUGUAAAUUUCAAGGGCUCAUUUAUGUAGUUAAAGCAUGUCUUGUAUUCUGGCUUUGGUUAAAUCUUAUGACCUCCUUUGUUUACUUGAGACAAAGAAACACCUCCUUGGGCCCGUUUCAUAAAGAGUCACAACUGUUGUAACUUUGCCAAUAUGGUAACAGGGCUCAUCAGCCAAUCAAAAUCAAGGUCACCAUGGGAGUCGCCUUAAUGGCAAAGUUACAACAGUUGUAACUCUUUAUGAAACAGGCCCCUUAUUGACUAAAAAAUAUUAUUCUUGAAUUUGAAGUGAUUAUUUUAACAUGUGGCAGCAGAAAUUGUUGUUUGAGUUAUUGAGCUGGAUGGUGACAUUCACAUUAAACAAUUAUCCUAGCAUGGCAUGAGAAUAAAUCAAUGGUUUCAAAAAUAUCAGUUUCAUCAAGAGUACUUUUGACAUAACUGAUAUACCAGAUAUAAGAAAAAUAUAUUAUAUAUAUCAUUUGCACUUAUAUAGGGUAACAUUCGAUCAAUUUCACCUGCUUUUCAUAUUUCAACAUUUUUUAAGGAUUUCACCCAAACUUGUAUACUCCUCUCUUCUCUCAUCCACCUCUUUUUUUCUCUUUCAUUUUCAUUUCUUUUCAUUUUAUUCCAAUAAUUCCUUUCAAGAUGAAUCAUAAACCUCUAUGUAUGCAAACUUGUUGCAAAUUAUUAAAACACUCAUACCCAAUGGUGUGAUGUAAUGUUUUCUCAAUUUUCUAUUGUAAAAUUAUGCUAAUAUUUGUAAGGUUUUUUCUGCUUGUUUUGUAUGUAGCUGUAGUGGUUCUGAUUUUGUUAUAUCUUUGAUCUUGUAUUUUGCCAUUUGCAGCUUUUUUAUUCCCUGUAAGAGUGCCAAGCUUUACCAUCGAGUGCCUUCCAUUAUUUGCUUACUUUUAAAUUUUACAAGAAUUUAUAUGCACAAAAUUAAAAUAAUUUAUGAGAGUA